UGGGACGUGGCGUGACGGAAACCCCGGAUAAAGAAGCACAAAGAGAGGCUCCGUGCGCAAGCUCACUGACACGACGGCGGCACUACCCUUCCACGUGGACCCUGUAAUCGACCAAAACACUGUCCGGACUCCGUGGCGGCCCACGGAGCGCGCGUGCAGCCGCCGUUGCGCAGUGCAGACCGGGAGGCGCGAGCAGGGCGGUGCGGGACAGAGGUUCUGUCAAGACAUGAACCCAUAAACGACACCGGAACAGAAAGUGUCCACUCAUAAACUAUGCACAAAGGUGUGUUCAUGGAGUCUCACCUGAGGGAGUUUGUCCCACAUACUCUGUGUCUUUUCCUUCUCAUACACCUGUGUCUGGCUGCACCGGGUUUACCUGGGACACAAGGGGGGGAUUCUGUUGAUUCUCAUCCACCUUCCACGGCACUGAUCAAUCCCUUUGGUUCUGGAGAGGAGGACCGUAGGUUGCUGCAGAGUUAUAUUCAGUCCAGUCUGAAGGAUGGCCAAGGAGGACCUGAGAUCAACACCUGGGAGCAAGAGGUGUUCUUCCUGUUUCGUCUUUAUGACUAUGAUCGCAGUGGGUUCUUGGAUGGCUUGGAGAUGAUGAAACUACUUUCGGAUUAUAACUCCCAUCAUACACCUGGGGAACAACCCAAUGAUCUGGUUGUGUCCAUGGUUGAUUUUUUACUCCAGACUCAGGAUCUAAACCAGGAUGGGCUGUUGGCCCCAUCUGAGCUGCUUUCUCCUUCAUUACCUCACACACAGGGCUCCAGCAAUAAUGAAGUACCUCAUCAAGAAGUGGCAGUGGAUGACGAGCCUUUAAACCCUGAGGAGGUGGGCAGAGCAGCAGAGCAGGAAGAGGCAGUUCAACAUGAUCCAGAGCCUCAGGAGGAAGCACAGUCUCAACAGGAAGUAAAGACAGAAGAAGAUAACCCUCCACAGCCAUUAGAGGAGCAGAAUAGACAACAAAUCCCAGAAGCUGCAGCAGCAGAGGAGGAGCAGCACCAUGAAGUCCCUGUACACCAAGGGCAGCCAGAGAUAUGAGUGCACACAACUAAAACACACACAUGCUGGUUCCGUCCAAUCCCUCCCUCCGUCUGCUGGUCCUAUGGUUCAGCCUGUGGAAGACUGACUCCAAAAUAGCACUCCAACUAAAAGGACUUCCUAUUUAAUCUUUAUGUCCACAAAAUGGUCUUCAUCUGGACCUGAACUCCAAGUUAUUGCCAUCCAUUUUAUUAUGCACUCAUUACAUUGUACUGUUUUAUUGCCCCUCAAAUCAUUUGUGUCCUUAAAGUUUUGCAUUUAAUGAAUAUUGAGAUCAUGAUUGAAAGUAUUCCAAAGACAAAUGGUAGAAAAAUGACAAAAGUCCUGAAUUCAAAAUGCAGUAUUAUCAAAAUACUUAAAGCCAUUAUUAAUAUAAUUUUAGUCCGCAUAGCCGGUAAUAAGUCGGACCUGUUCCCAGUGAGGGUUGGACUCCACCAAGACUGCCCUUUGUCACUGGUUCCAUUCAUAACUGUUAUGGACAGAAUUUCUAGGCACAGCCAGGUGGUGGAGGGGGUUGAGUUCAGUGGUGGGAGGAUCUCUGCUUUUUGGGGAUGAUGUGGUCCUCUUAGCUUCAUUGAACAACAACCUCCAGCUCUUGCUGGGGUGGCACACAGCCUAGUGUGAAGCGGCUGGGAUGAAGAUCAGCACCUCUGAGUCUGGGGCCAUGGUCCUCAGCCUGAAAAGGGUAGAGUGCCCACUCCGGGUUGGGGAGGAAGUCCUGCCUCAGGCGUAGGAGUUUAAGUAUCUCGGGAUCUUGUUCACAAGUGAGGGUAGGAUGGAGUGGGAGAUUGACAGGUGGAUCAGGGCGGCGUCUGCAGUAAUGCGGACGCUAAACCAGUCCAUUGUGGUGAAGAGGGAGCAAAGACAAAAGGCGAAGCUCUCGAUUUACUGGUCCAUCUACAUUCCAACCCUCCCCUGUGGUCAUGAGCUCUGGGUAAAGAACAAGGUCGCGAGUGCAAGUGGCCAAAAUCAGUUUUCUCCACGGAGUGUCUGGGCUCAGCCUUAGAAAUGGGGAGAGGAGCUCAGACAUCCGGGAGGGACUUAGAGUAGAGCCCCUGCUCCUCCACAUCGAGAGGAGCCAGCUGAGGUGGUUCAGGCAUCUAGUGAGGAUGCCUCCUGGACGCCUCCCUGGGGAGGUGUUUUGGGCACGUCUGUCCAGGAGGAAACCUCGGGGUCGACCCAGGACACGCUGGAGGGAUUAUAUCUCUCGGCUGGCCUGGGAACACCUCGGGAUUCCCCCAGAUGGGCCACGACCCGGACCCAGAUAAACAGAUGAAGACAGUAUGGUAUUUCUUUAUAAUUAUUACUUUUUCUCCCAAGAAAUGAAACAGCUGAUCAUCAAUUUAAAAUAUGUUGUUGAAUGUUUCAUUUGCUUUAGAUUUUGUUCAUCAGUCUUCACAUAAUUUGUGCUUUUCUAUGUAGAGAUGUUGCUUUCACCACCACUGGAUUACGUUGGUACCAAAUUGUGGACUGAAAAUGUCAGCCUCCUCAAUUAUAUUGUAAACACUCAACAGCCUUAAUGUGUCUAAUCUUUCUUAAGUGUACUGGAUUUUUUUAGUUUUGUUUUUUAAUGUACAACUUGGUCUCGUCAGUGCCAUAAAAUUCAAUUUGAUUUUAAGAAUUUAUAAAAACUAAAUUACUGAAUAGAAUAAAAAUUACCAGGUUUCUUCCUGAUUUGCUGGGAACCAUGUCUUUACAGGAGUAGUGUGUUACUGUUAUCAUUUCUCUGUGUCUGUAUCUGAAGGACUUAACUGUUAAUGGUGUUAAUGAUGUGUUUUUGUUGUUUUGUUUUGGGGUUUUUUUCAAAAACAAAAAGGGUAUUUAAGGUUGGAGGAAAUAAAGAAAGCAUUUCUUUACCCUUCUGUUUCAUUCAGGUUUUGCUGAAAUCGAAACAAAGUUUAAAGCAUACAUAAAUACAGAAUUAAACUGUAUAUUAGAAACA